GGGUGGUGUAAACAUUCUCGCUCCGCCCGCUGAUCAUGUGUGGUACGGUUUUCACCUAAUCCUUCUUCUCAGGCCAUUCACCUUUGCGAUUAAAAAUAAAGUGUUCCCAAAUUUCAAACUCAUUAAUCCUCCAACAUUUUCAAUAUUUCCAAAGUGAAUUUAAAAAUGCCAUCAAGAUUCGAAACCUCCAAGGACCGAGGCGCCGUCUCUCCUGAGUGUUCUGUAUUUCUUUAGUCGCAAUCCUUUAACAAAAGUUCUAACCAAAGCAUAAAAAGUUCUAAAAACAAACCGGUUUGAUUCAAAUGUACUGUUUACAUUCUCCGCACGUGGCACUUGACGUCCAGGCUCAAUUUCCGGUGCGACAAAAGAACUUUACGAGUUUGAUACCCGAGUAUUAUAAUCCAGUGAGUUGAAUACAAAGUGAAUGCAGAUUCAUUCUCCGAAGAAAUAUGCCGGUUAAAUGUUAAAUGUUAUUGUGCGUGAAGGACUCGCGCCAAAAAAGGAAUUCGCUCAAUGGAAUAAAUUUCUGCUUCCCGCCGUAAUAAGUAACCUACAAAACAGUGUAUAUGUGUUGUGAUUUUGUUUUAAACUGAAUUUCCAAUGAAAAUGUUCAAUUCAUCUCUCAGCUUCCAAUUCGGAAGUAUGAGAAGUUACAUGUGGUGGUUAAUAGUGUUGAUAUUUGUGCGCACAAUCUGGGGUACCCACGGUGCUUGCGAGCCAAUUAGGAUAGAAAUGUGUCGGGGACUUGGGUACAAUGUGACCGCAAUGCCCAAUUUGGUUGGGCACGAGAUCCAGGGCGAUGCUGAUUUUACUCUGCAGACCUUCAGCCCCUUAAUCCAGUAUGGCUGCAGCGCCCAGCUUCACCUCUUCCUAUGUUCCGUUUAUGCCCCAAUGUGCACCGAGAAGGUCCCGGCACCGAUUGGACCUUGUCGAGGUCUUUGUGAACAGGUCCGAGCUCGUUGUUAUCCAGUUCUUCAGGGUUUCGGCUUCCCCUGGCCGGCGGCUUUAAACUGCUCAAAAUUCCCGCCGCAGAAUAAUCAUCAACACAUGUGCAUGGAAGGCCCUGGAGAACCUGGACCCGCCAAUCCCAUUCAGUCGGCUGGGGCCGGCAAUGGACCUUGGGGUUGUUCCUGGUACGCCAAAUCUGGGCUCUACAUCUUUUUGAAUCGCUCCGGGAGAUGCGCCGCUGCCUGCGAUGCUGAUGUUCUCUGGUCACAAAGGGAUAAGAAGAUUGCUGAGGCUUGGACCGCGGCCUUCGCAACCGUUUGUCUUUUCUCGGUGGCUGCAUCUAUCUUCACUUUGCUGAAACCGCGAAAACAAUCCGGAACCACCAACACUGCUGAAAGAGCUAUCACGUGCCUGGCUGUAUGCCAUGCGGCUGUCGCAGUCGGUUACGUGAUUCGAUUAGCUGCUGGACGAGUAGCUGUCGCGUGCACGCCAGCGAUUCCCGUGCAUUCUCAAGAUCAGGUUGUCAUCGCUCAGCAUCAACAGCAAUACCUCACUCAGGAUGGCUUGGAUAAUCCUUACUGUGCUGUCGUCUUUUUGCUACUCUAUUACUUCGGAAAUGCCGCUAGCGUCUGGUGGGUCGUAAUUUGCGCAUGGUGGUGUAUAGUCUCCAGAAAAUGGACAAAAUCACCAGAUAAUUGCAAGGAAAAUGGAUUUGGUCUUCAGCAGGGUUUCUCCACUGUAGGUUCUGUUGCUGCCUGGGGCAUUCCCGCUGCUCACACUAUUGCCGUUUUGGUAACAAGGGACGUCGAUGCAGACGAACUGAGUGGUAGCUGCUUCGUAGGACAACAGAGCACCAGAUCUCUUCUAGUUCUCGUCCUUGCUCCCCAAUUCGUCUACCUAACCCUAGGUUCCACAUUCUUCCUAGUUGGAAUAGCAGCUCUUCUUUUACCCCGUCCGUCAAUUACCCCGAGUCCAAUCCUAAACGCUCUCCAUCCCAACCCCUUGAUCCGGAACCAACGUGAGGGCGCAAAAUCGCCAGCAGAACUCUACAAACGACAAAAACAACUUGUCGUCAGAGUCGGGGCCUUUGUCUGCUUCUAUGGACUCGUGUUGAUCUGCCUCACCUGCACGAUCUUCUACGAGUGGUGGGGCCGAGACUCCUGGCUCAGGGCGCCCGAACCCUCAAAGUCACCCAAGAUCACCACAAAACCACUCCUCCAGAUCUUUGUUUUGAGAAUUGUCGUCUUUUUGGGUGCAGGCAUCCUUGCGGCUGCCUGGAUCUGGUGGCCGAAUGCCGUCAGCGUCUGGAGACGCCUUCCACCUUGCAAACAACCUCCCCACAAGUGCCAUCCUCAUCCUGUCCAGCAGGUUCCGGUCGUGAGGUGUUACAGCACUGGGUCCACCACACCCACACCUCAUCAACUUCAUCAUUUGGGGAGACUGUCCCCGCCCCAACAUCCCUUGCUUCAUCAGCAUCCGAUUGUCAUCAAUGGCCAACUGCCACACAGGAGCCAUAAGAAACAUCGGAAGCACAGGAAGCAUCACAGUGGGAGUGAGACUCGAGUUUGAAGAAAAAGUUCCUAUAUUGUGCCAGAAGUUUUACUUCUGAUCUCAGAUUCAGAAAGAGGGGCAUCUAAAACCCCUGGGUACAAAUUUGACUCUUUGAUACUUCUGGCCCUGGUCUGAUUUUUCAGUUUUGGCCCUAAAUUCUAAAACAGAGGCAUCCACAAACCCCCGGGAUGUAAAUUUGGUCAAAAUUUGACGGUUGGGGCCCCGGCUUCUCUUAUCUGUGCCGCCUCUGAAUUGAGCAGACGACACAAACCUUCAAUCGUCUUUAGUUUGAAAACUAAUGAUCGGAGAGUAGUUUUGUAAAAGGAAAAGCUGUUCAGUUUUUCCUGCUCUUUCUACCUAUACAAAGACAAA